AUGCUGUCCCGAUCCCCCACUCAUGCCACUGUCCUGAGACCAGCGCACGGCUCUAUUCUUCUCCGGACUCCAAGUGUGAGACACCUACCACAGCUCCUCCGCAGACAACCUGAAUCUGAGGCCUUGGGGGAAUCCUUCAUCAAUAAACACCCAAACACUUCACAAGAAUAUCUGUCAAUAGAGAUAAUCUGAAUAAGGAUUCCAGCAACCAUGAUUUACUGAAGGCAGAGCUACGGCUUCUUCCCCUCAGCAGUGAGAUGGAGGCCUUCCUUUACCAACGGAAACCGUUUGCACGGUCAUGCAGCCUGGAGGAAACAGUGACCAGGAGCCACACCUUUCAUGCCAUAGGCCAGGGCACUGACAAUUUGCCACAGGAGGAAGGAUCCCCUAGGCAACGACGGAUAACCGUUGCAUCUUACAUUCCACAAUCAAAGGACCAAAAUGGAAAUUUUGCUGGAAAGGAGUUGAGCGGGCCGCGGGCCAAAGCUCUCGCAGAGCUCAACACCGAGGAAGUCUGCCAGUGGUUCAGCAGCAUCGGCCUGCACAAGUGCCUGCCCCUCAUUAGAGGAGCCCAUCUCUGUGGGUCCCAUUUGGCCUCCAUAGACUUGAGCACUCUGGAGCUCCUGCAGGUGUCCGACCUGGAAGACAGGGAGAGGCUUCUGUCUGCCAUCUACGAGGCACUCCACCCACCCAACACCACCUCUCAGAGGGUGGACUCGCUUCUAGCAACCUUUGGUACACAAAGUGUUGAGAGGUUUACGGCUGCACUUGUGUCCAUGACCAAGUCACACUCUUCUCCCCAUGUCAGUAAUCUAAACCAGUGCUCGUUCAGGUUCAGACAAAGAAGUGCUGUUGCCCAGAGAAACUCACAGCUAAUUGAAAUUACCAUUAAAGUGUGUGCAUCGGAGCAGAUCGUGCACCUUCGCACGCCUAAGGACACAGGCGUGGGUAAAGUGUUAGAGUCCUGCCUGAAAAUGCUGGGUAGUGAGGAUGAGAAGGACACCUUCAUCUUAAAGAUCACAGAAGAUGAGCUGCCCAUGGAUCAGCAGAUUGGGGACCUGUUAGGCUCAGAUAGCCGACUCAUAGAGCUUCUUCUGUGCAAAAAGGAGAAACCAACACAACCAGAGGGGCCCCCAGCCUCUCCAGCCACUGGCAACUGUGAUCUAGAAAAUCAAAUCCAAUGUUGCAACGACGAGAAACUACGAGAGUUGAACCAACAAGUGGAAUCCCUUCAGAAUGUAAUUUUGCAGGUUCAAGAGCUCCAUCACGGCCUGGUGGCCUUCUGCGGUGAGCUUCGGAAUAUGGACACCGAGCAGGAUGCGGAGGGCCUGAGCAGCGUGGAGCUGGAGGGGCGGCUGGCUCAGACUCAGAGCUCCCUAAAGGAGAAGAGGCAGAGCCUCCAGGUCCUGAAGGACAGUAGCAGCACUGUAGCCACGCACAGGACCGGGAGGGUGGAGGUGCGCUUGCUGGAGAAGAUGAGACUGAACUGCCAUGUCUUUCAGGAGGAGAUCGCCCUUGUCCACCUCAAUCGCCAGGUGGUCAAUCUUCAGGUAGCCCUUGAGGAGACCCAGGACAAGGAGAAGGCUGAAGGGAAAUGCUCCACUCUGGGACAGCUGGUGUCUCUGCAGUCCCCUGCCAUGCUCCUGGCCACCCAGGAGACGCGGGGCCCAGAUGACUUUGGCUUCAGCACACGGCUCAUUAGAGGACAGGGUCUGGUGGUGGUGCACGUGGAGGACUCCAACCUCUGUGUCAACGACAGGCUGGUGGAGGUGAACGGGGUGAGCGUGGUAGGGAGCAGUGAGGAAGAGCUCCAGGCCCUGCUCCACCAGCAGCCCACUGCCCACAUCAUCGUCCUGCGCAGACCCCCUCCCCUGCCGGCUGAAAGCCCCGAGCAGCUCCACCACAACAGCACCUCCUGGAGCCCGGGAGUCUGCUCUGCAGCCUCCAGAUGACAAUAGCUGAGCAAGACAAUGGAUAACUUUCUUCUGCUUCUUCCUCUUCCUCUUCUUUCUUCAUCUACUCUCUUCUUCUUCUUCUCCUUCUAUUUCUUCUUCUUCUUCCUUCUGUCUUGUUUGUCUUUGUCCGUGUUUUAUGUUGUGUCUUGUUUUUUGUGUGCCCCUUUCUGUGCCUGUUGCCCUAGCAACCAGUGUUGUGUAGAUUUGUUUCCUCUGCUCUACUGAAUGUAAACAUGUGCAUGAUUUUUAAUUGACAGUUUUGUAUCAUAUUUUACUUUUUUGGUGUUUUUAAAGCAAUGACUUUGGCAUCCCGGUGCUAGCUACCAUAUCUGUGCUCAAUGUUUGUAGUUGUUUUGUUCAGAGUAAUGACUGUAUUGCAGAAUAUCAUUUGAUAUAUUUUACAAUGUCAUUGAACGUUAUGACUUCAUGCUUUAGUAGAUACUAAUGUACUAUCCAUAUUUUCUGUGAGUGGGUGGAUCACACAAAAUUGUCCCAUAAAAAAAUCAUUUUUCAUGGGAAAGGCAGAAAGUUGAGACUUGAGUCUCACUCACCCUUGACGGUCAGUUAGCUCAGUAAAUCAAUGUCAACGUUUUUUCUUCACUUUGUGAAAAUGUAGCAACCGGAUCAGGCCAGCAUCAUCCUGAAACUGAUAAUGGCUAAACUAUCUAUACUGUGUAAUGCCGAUUCCAGGGAUUGACCUACCUCUUUACAGUUAAUUUGAUGUAUGCAUAAUGUGAUGUCUGCGUCACCUUGACUAAGUUUACCAGGAGUUUCAAACACAUGUAUCACACACACACUUCAGUAAUUGCUGUGUAUUGUCAGUGCUGCAGAGUAGUAAAUGCUUCUCUGACUGUUACCACUCAUUUCACAACUUUUGCUUAAUGUCAUGGAUGGCAGAACUGGCAUAGGCAGGCAAUUACUUGGACGAAAACAGUGAAUAAAUAUCCUAAGAUUUUGGGCUGA